AUGGCUCCCCGAUAUAAGGACGGAGAAGCCGUGGUUGCCAUCAACGGCAAAUGGGUCUCCUGGACUCACACGGUUUUCGCAUAUGCUGCUUUUAUAAGCGCGUUGAUUGUUGGCGUUGCUUUGCACUACCACAAGAUCGUUCAAAAUGAAUAUUACGGCUACCCCAUUGAAUGGUUCCCCUCCGUGUCUGCGACCAUCGGUGACCGAUAUCCCGAACGGUCCUUUUUCCAGGUCUUCAUUGCUAUUACCUCUGGUCCUCGUUUUGCCCUCGUGUUCCUGUGGUACAUCCUCACUUCGCGUCCGAACUCGACCUUACCAAAAGUGGUUGCCGGCGUAGGCGUCUUCCGGACAUUGACAUGCGGUGGUUGGACCUAUGUCACAUCUACCGAUGACCAUGACUGGCAUGACAUCUUCAUGAUCUCGUACCUGGUGGCCACCUUGCCGUGGACCCUGGGUUGUCUCGCGCUCAGCCCGAACAACCGCCGUGCUAUCAAGUACCGUAAAAUCAUGGCCAGCUUGUUCUUUGGAACUUUGGUCCCGUUGAUCUACUAUUUCAUUCAGCACAAGGUCCACAAAGUUCCUGGUGCCUACACUAAGUAUGCAUUCUUUGAAUGGUCCCUAAUCCUGUUCGAUGUCGGUUUCGAUGCUAUCACAGCUCUUGACUUUGAGAGCUUCGAACUGGUGGUGAGGGAUGUUAAAGGUGUUAGCAGAGGGAAGGGCAAACCUGUGGGCAACACCUUUGGCGAAGGCUUCUUUUGGACUGAGAUUAUUGAUGCUGCCUCAGAUGUCUACAAUGGGUUUAUUUUCUGGACCAUCGUGACUGCUCUGCCUGUCCUUGUCUGGUACUUCCCUCUUUGGCACAUGGGUAUCUCCGGCUAUGAAGUUGCCAUUGUUUGCUGCACAUCCCCAUUGCUCUACGUUAUCCCAUCCUUGCGAUAUGCAGCAGUGAAGAAUAUUCGCCUUCUUCACCUCAUUUCGCUCGUUGGCCUUCUUGGAUACAAGUUCCAGGAUCCCGCCAACCGUCUCUUUGUGACUGGGUUCGCUCUUUCUACUACUUGUGCAGCAUGGACCGCUAGCUUCUUUUCAGAGAGGGCCAAUUCCCCUCGUCUGGAAACCCGUAUCAUGGCUUGGGGAAUCGGUCUGAUCAUGUCCGUCGUUGCCAAGUUCGCAUGCAAGACCAACAACCCCCUUUGGCCGAUUGUUCACGCCGAGAAUGGUGGUUGGAACAAAACUGGAAUCUUCAUUGCUCUGUUCGCUGUGUUGAGAUCCCAGAGAGGCUCAAACACGAGCGGGGGUGAUUACUUACCAACAGGUGGCAAAAAGGGCUCGUCCGGUCUUGCUGCUGUCGGAUUUGGCGGUCUGAUGUUCGCCAUCGUAUCGCUUCUGACCGACUCGAGUACCAUGAUCUCGUGGGUCUGGGACGGAUACCCAGUGCGUGGACCUAUCGCAGCUCCCCACGGUGCUCUGACGAUCUUCGCAAUGGGAGCCGGCCUUGUGUAUGGCAUCUUCCAUCCUGGAAUCGCAGGAAGCUGGACUGCCUUCGGUGUCGGUUCCAUCGGUGCUGCUCUUCUUACUUGCUACCACCACUGGACUGGAUUCUACGGUGCCCUCGUUUUUGCGUUCUAUAUCAUGGCCGUUGCUCCGGUUCUGAUUGUAUCCAGCGUUCGUCACUCUCCUGCGAGCACGUUCGGCCUCGGAUUCAUCGUAUAUGUAGUCCUCUUGCUCUUCCACGUCUGGGUUGUCGCCUAUGCCUUCGUGCCCGGUGGCCCAUUCCUUCGUGAACACACUGACUGGCUCAUGACCACUACAAUGCUGUCCAUUGGUGCAGGAGUCUUCUCUGCGGCGACCUCGAACUCGACUCGCUCCCGCAAGGCUCAUAAGCCUGUCAACCCCAACAGCAAGAGACAGCGAUCGUACUAUAUCUACAUUCUUGCUGCGCUACAGCUGCUUUCCGUGUCUGUCGCUUACCUGCGCUUCCCGACCAAUGACUAUACCCCUCAUCACAAGGAGGACAAGGUUGUGACUGCUGGUAUCUGGACUAUCCACUUCGGCCUCGACAACAACAUGUGGUCAUCCGAACGCCGCAUGCGCGAUGUCAUUAGCGAGCUUGAGCUGGAUGUGAUUGGUUUCCUCGAAUCCGACAACCAGCGUAUCAUCAUGGGUAACAGAGACGUCACCCAGUUCAUCGCGGAGGAUCUUGGCUACUACACUGACUUCGGCCCUGGUCCCAACAAGCACACCUGGGGCUCCGCCUUGCUGUCCAAGUUCCCCAUCGUCAACUCUACCCACCACCUUCUCCCCUCGCCUGUGGGUGAGCUGGCACCUGCAAUCCACGCCACACUCGAUAUGUACGGUGAGAUGGUUGAUGUUGUUGUGUUCCACUCCGGACAGGAAGAGGACCCCGAGGACCGCCGCUUGCAGAGCGAGUAUCUGUCAAAGCUGAUGGGCGACUCCCCGCGUCCCCUCAUCCUGUUGAGUUACCUUGUCACCAAGCCGCUCGAGGGUAACUACAACACCUAUGUGAGCGAGCGUAGUCAAAUGAAGGAUAUCGAUCCUACCGACUGGGAUAGAUGGUGCGAGUAUCUUCUCUUCAAGAAGCUGCACCGCACUGGCUACGCCAGAAUCAGUCGUGAUACUAUCACAGACACGGAGAUCCAGGUUGGAAAAUUCGUCAUUGGUGAGCCCGAACCCGAAAAUGAGAUGCGUAUCCCAGAGGAGAUGGUCCCCGUUGGCCGCCGCUUCCCUGCCUUGUUCCGCGGCCAGGGAGUGCGCGGACACCGCUACCACGUCUUCGACGAGCCCAGAUACUGGCAGUAG